AACAGAAUAUAAUCAAACGCAAACAUUCAUUACCACGUGCGUUUGAUACGACGGCUUCAUCCGUUUGUGCAGUUUUCAGUGGAUUUUAUUGAAAAAAACACAGUACAAAAGAAAUCAACUUCCGCAAAAUGGUGGUCUAUAUCUGUGAUCACAUUGGAUCUUUGAUAAAAACGGAAUUGACAAACAAUUAUAAAUCUAGAGGCAAAUCAGAUAUUAGCGUAUCGUGCGAGGACUGCAGGAAGAACUUCGUUGGUAAAGCGUACGAUGCGGUCAAGACUGUCGGCGAUGUGGAAAAGAAUUGCGAAGAAGAAAACCCACACAAGCAAAUAUCCUGGCUCAAAACGAUACGAGCAAUGGACGAACGGGUUAAGGAUCAGUCGCCGGGUGUUAAGAAGGUGUUUGAGAUCAUCAAGCUAAUCGAUAACAUACCACGUAAAAAGCAACAAUUUGUGCGCUUCUUUCUAAACUCGAGCAGUGAAUGUAGCACACAGGAUAUAGAAACGGCUUGGUCCCUCACAGAGCAGGAAUUUGAAGAACAAAAAAAAAUAUCGAACGAAACAAACGAACGAAACCAGGAAAAGACGGCAGACAUACCGGCGAAGAACGGUACAACUGGUGCUGUUAAAAUUGUUGAAACGGAAGCGUCGUUGGAACAAGAAGAUGCACCGGUAAAGCAGAAAAAAAUUAAAACGAAACAAUCUGCCGAAAAUGACGCUGCUCCUCUAGCUAAGAUGCAGAAGAUGUCAAAGAAUGUCCAGAAAACAAAGCCGAAGAGGAAGAACCCGUAAAGCAGAAUAAAAAUAAAACAAAACAUCAUCUCCCGAGAAUGAUGCAGCUCUUCUAACGAAGAAGCAAACGACGUAAACGAAUGUAGCAGAACACAAGAGGUUGAUUAAAAGUUCGAAAAGAAGUUUCAGAAGAAAAUAGCGAAAAGUGGCUUUGUGGUGGAAAAAAUCAUAAUACGGUUGAUAAAAGCUUAAGAGAAAUAAAAUCUUAACCCAUAUUACAUUUGUACGUGUUGUCAUACGUAAAACAAAAAUA